AUGAGCUCAAAAACACUUUCUGCGGUGUUGGAGAAGAAGAUCCGACGUCUAUGUCUGACUGAUUUUCCGUGUGGAAACGGCACCUGGUUUUGUUGUCAGAGAGGCACCAAAGACAGCACAGAGGAACCAGAAACAGAGUCAAUAGACGCCCUCGUCGACAUGCUGGACUGUCCUCGGUCGCCAUGGAAACAUGAAGAUGAAUCAUGGAGUCCUCAAGCUUCAGCUCUGAGACUGCUGGCCAUCAUUAAACCACAGCAGCUGAACUCAAACUUCAUUCAUAGUUAUUUCACUACCCUUCAUAUCCGAGGCAAAAAUGUGUCGGUUAUUGACGAAGGCCUGCUGAGGUUCUCCAAACUGAAGGAACUGGUGCUGAGCGCUAAUGUAAUCUCAGAAAUUCCUGCAGAGAAUCUUCCCUGUACCUUAAAGGUUUUGGAUGUACGAGCAAACCGUGUAUCCUCUCUAAACGGUCUCACAAAGCAUCCGCCUCCCCGGCUGCAGUAUCUCGGCCUUGGCUCAAACAGUCUGGGUUCCCAUAAAGACGCAACUCAUCUUACAGGAAGUCACUGGCCACAGCUGGUGUGUUUGGACCUCAGCGACUGUGAGUUUCAGGACCAACAGGCCCUGCUGAGCACUUUGAGCACCCUCCCAUGCCUGAAGACACUGUUUCUUUUUGGCAACCCGUUCACUCUUGCACCAUCGUAUCCUGGCUUCACUGUGGACAGUCUCCCACAGCUCACUUAUUUAGACGCCUCGUGGAUCUCUGCUGAGGAAAGGCAUGCUUUCAGAGGCUUGGCCACGAUGAGCGGUCUGCUUGUAAAUGUCGCUUCAAUCACGGUGAGCCUGAGCAGACUGAGGGGAAUCCCAGACCCUUUGAUGGCUGCGAAUAAAAAUGCUCCUGAUUUUCCACUCAUUACUUGCAGCUAUUUCAUCACGUACCAGUUCCUUAGUCCUUCGACGCCCAAUAAGCUGACACUGGACAGUGCGUCCCAGCCUGACACAAGGUCCACACUUGGUGUGACAGAAGAGAGUAAAGAUGACAAACUAAUGAAGUGUGAAGGAGGGGCGUCCACACCAGACACUGGAGUUUCCACUUUCAGCUCGGAUGAAACAUAUGCAGGAAUUGAACGCUUGUCACAACACAACACGUCCAAACUGUCGUGGACCGAGCUCGUGGACUUCAGCGACACACAGACCUUCACCGUUAGUUCUCUGGGAGACUUGAAGAAGUUUCUCAAUCAAGGACUUUAUCUCCGGCUGGAGGAGGAAAAGAUCUUGUCGUGGCCUGCAGCCUCUGAAGCCAAGAGAGGGAAGAAGGAAGAAUCUCCAGCUAAACCAGUUACCACCAAAGACAAACCUAAAGACAAAAAGAGAAAAUCUGUACCAGAUCUGGUCCAAGGCCACCCUGUCCGCAGAACCCUCGGCUCUGCACACGUCUCACUGCAAAGCCUGGUCCAAGGAGGUCAGAAGGUCAACGUCAUCUGUGACUUUGGUCCUUUGCGCACAGAUGACGAGGAAGCUGAACAGACACUUCAACAGGAACAUGGAAACAAGAUUAAAGAAGAAAAGAAGAAGGAAGACAAGAAACAAAAUCAGAGAGGAGAGAGUGGCAAAAUGACGAAGAACAAAGUUCUUUCAAAAGGGAAAAAGAAAGAACCCGAAAGACAAGACGUGAUCGCCCACACAGACGAAACUGCAUGUGUUCAACUGGAACCAGUAACUGUGGAGCUGCGUGUGGAGCUGGAGAAAUGGCAGUCUGCAUCUGAAGCAAAACAUCUCAAACCAACCCAACAAAAUCGCUCAAGUUCAAGAACUGAAUGA